AUGGAGACUUGGGUAAUAAUCAUCAUAGCUAUUGCUUCUUGUGUUGGUGUUUUGAUAGUUAUUGUGGCCUUGGCAGGAGGCAGGGAAAAAGAUGGGGGUGGUGAUGACGGUGGAGGUGGAGGAGGAGAGCAUGGCAGCAGCGGAGAUGGAGGAUUAAGAGGUUUUGGUUAUUCCGGGGAUCAUGGAGGUGUAAGAGGUUUUGGUUAUUACGGGGGUCAUGGAGCUCUAAGAGGUAUGGGUUAUUCUGGGGGUCGUGGAUGGUUUUGGAAUAGUGGUGGGGGAGGUGGCGGCUGGUUUGGUGGUGGUGGUGGAGGUUUUGGCGGCGGUGAUGGUGGUGGAGGCUUUGGUUGCGGCGGUGGUGGGGGUGAUGGAGGGGGCGGUGGAGGAGGCGGAGGAGGUUGCUGA